GAAGGAGCUGUCAGCGACAGUGGUCUGCUCGACGACGACGUUCUCUUCCCUUCGUUCACGCUGACGAUGUCGUCCAGUUCAGUGUCUACCCCUGCUCCGUCUGUGGUCGACUUCCCGACCUCAGAGUCGCCGGGUGGUCCCCCUUCUGCAUAUUUACAGCAGCCUCGGCCUCCGUAUCUUCCGUUCCGAAGAAUAUCGCUUCCUACUGCUCCUUCGCUCAUUCACCGAAUCUCCGUCGUCAGCACUGCUUCAUUCGAUUCGCUCCCGGAGGACGGCCGUAUCUCCCCAGGUGCUACUCUCAUGCCCCCGAAUCGGAGUCCUUUGAAACAGUCGAAGUCGCGACCUUCCUCUGUCGACGCGAAGGGUAGAGCAUACAGAAAGAGGGAACUCCGUCCUGUUAACGAGGCGAAGGAGGAGAAGCGGAAGAAGGUCAUUGAGGAGUUCUAUGAGACCGAGCGGACGUACGUCGAUGGACUGGAUCUUAUUUAUUCACACUUCCUGACCCCGGUCAUCGCGUCAUUAGACACACCACACCCAUUACUCAGUCGUGCCGAACUCACAUCCGUCUUUUCUAACUUUAUCGACAUCUGGAACCUCCAUCGGUCAUUUUUCUCCUCCCUCACCGACCACCUUCAUGCAUCUACCUCCAACGGAGGUGUACCGCCGCCCCUCUCACCAGUCCUCUUGAGCCAUUUCCCAUACCUAUCUUUGUAUACUCCAUUCGUCACAUCCUUUCAUACAUCGGUGGCCUCGCUGACAGGACUUUUGACCUCAAAUGCUGCAUUUUCUGCUUUCGUGGCAAAGCAAGAAACGGACCCGAGAUGCGGGAAGUUGAAACUCAGGGAUUGGUUGCUGACAAUCGUGCAACGGUGCCCAAGAUAUCUCCUUCUUCUGAAGGAUUUGAUUGGUUGCACUGAUUCAGAGGAUUCGGAGCGUGUGUCACUAAUGGCCGUGCAUACCCUGGUUUCGAAGAUAACUUCAUCUCUCAAUACGUCCCUCCACACGCACGCGCAGACCCUAGCUCUCCUGGCACUGCAACGAAGUGCUCCCAACCUUCCCUUUCAGCUCAUCGUCCCGGGCCGUACCUUCCUCAAACGAGGUUCCCUACUUCAACUAGAGAACUCUUCCCACCCGAAGGAACAUGACUUUCUCCUCUUCUCAGACUGCCUCGUCUGGCUCGCUAAUCUCGACCGCUCGGAUACCGACCUUUCAGAGCGAUGGGACUGGCUUCCAGGGCAUCACCACGUCUUUGGUGGCGUCGGGUCUGAUGCUGGUGGAGGUGGAAACGUGUCCAGACUUAAGUUUGGCGGUCGACCCAGUAUGUCACGUUCCAGGAGUCGCAGCGAGGCUGAGCUCUCGAUCAUACGUGAUAGAACCAAGAGCAUACCUGGCCCUGGUCCUUUACGCAGUGCAGGCCCGCGCUCGCCCUCGCGACAUGGGUUCUCAGGUAGUCCGAGCAGGCCGAAUAAGAGGCAGGCGAGCUCUGUGGCGGCGGAUGAGAAAUGGUGGUUCAAAGGUAAACUGGAGCUUGUAGAUGUAGAGGUUGUGGUAGCAGCCACUGGUUUAGGAGCAGAGCCCGGCGAAGAAAUGAGGUUUGAUGUGUUGAGUCCAGAGGCCUCAUUCGCUGUUUACGCUGCCGGCGAAGAAGAGCGAGAUGAGUGGGCCACGGCGAUUCGUAACGCGAAGGCGUCGCUUUUGGUUUCACUGAACGUGACCCAUCCGAACUCAACUCUCACAUCCUCUGCAUCCACAACCCACCUCCGCCAGACUCUCCAAGCACUUCCGCACUUGCCUGAAGAGGGUGGGACUAAGCCGAAACGGGGCAAAGUCGAGCACUUCGUCCCAGCAAUCUGGAUACCAGAUGGGAAGACAGAGAACUGUAUGAGAUGUGCGAAGAAUUUCGGAUGGAGGAGACGGAGACACCAUUGUAGGCUGUGUGGACGAUUAGUUUGUGCUUCCUGCUCUGGGAGUACUUUCUUCAUUUCAGACGUGAACGGCAAGCACCCUUCGAAGUCCGCACGCGCAUGUGACGCAUGCUACGAAACCGUCUUUCCCAUCAUCGACGAAACUCAGCAAUCCUCCACCUCCGCUCCCUUUUCUCUUCCUCCGAACGACCCCGCAUAUGAAGUCGACAUCGACAGCUUCCCCUCUUGGCAAUCACAGUACACUACACCCGCUUCUUCAAGACCUCCGUCUUUACUCAUGGCCAUUGAUCUCAGUCCUACGCCGGUUGGUAACAAGGGUCGACUGUUGUCCCCUAUCCAUGACGUUUCUGGUGCGAAUACGCCUGAUGGCGAGAUUGACCUCAGUAAAGGAUUAGGUGCAGAUGGCGGGCAAACUUCUGAUUCGAGCGGUGGCGGUAUGCCUGCCCGGCCUGUCAUCAAGAUACGCGCACCCUCCUCUCGACCAAGAUCGUACCACCAAAUUCUGGAAGACUUCCAAGACCAUGACUCCCAGACAGAUAACGCUGAUCCUUCCCCAUCGACCGCGACAGCGACUGACGACUCCCAAUCCCUGCUUACAUCCUCCAACGUCGACCUUCCUCUCCAGUCGCAAGACCUCAAGGACCCCACUCAAUCUACACCAGCCUUGCCUACUUUCUCCUCAUCUCCUUCGAGUUCGGCACACACACACGAACCUACGCUAAGUCAACUCGUAUCGCCAAGGAGUCAUUAUAUCGCGACACCUGGCCCGAGGAGGGAGGAUACGGCCAGGCGGCACAAGCGGUUCUCGAUGCCCGCAGUCUCGCUACACACGACACCUGUGACUACUCGACCAAAUGCAACGGGUGAGGGAAGGUCGAAGAGAUUUUCGCUGGUGCUUGGGCCGGGGAGGAACGUCAACAGUGCCGUGGCAAAAUCAAGAGGGCCGUCGGUGGUGGAUGGGGAUAGGACGGUGAAAGGGAAUGCUGCGAGCCGUAUUUUGGCAGAGGAGGAGAGGGAAAGGAUGAGAGGUGGUGAUACGUUGAAGAAUGGGGCGGCAGCGGUAAAACUUGGGGAGUUAUUAGGGAGAGGAAAAGAUGCGGGUGAGGCUCCAUGUUGAGUGUAUCGCCACAUGGACGAUGUAUCGAGAAGCGAACUGGACUGUUAUGACCAGCGAGGACUGGAUACUACCUCUCUUCGUCUAUUCUCACACCCGCCCUCGGACAGCAUUUAUAUUAUGAUUUACGACCAGACGCUGCCACGAUUGCUACGAUAGCGAGUUUUUAUGCCUUUUGACGCUGACGUUGUAUGUAAGAGAUAUAAUGACC